AUGGGUCUCCCGGACCUGCCGCCCCUCGAGGGAGAUCUGGGGUUCCCCAUCGACGACGGUCUUCCGCCCUUCGCGCCCGGAACAGCCGGUGCGCGAGCCGGGUCGGCGUCUCCUCCCGAGAUCUCGACUGGAAAGGAGCGAUCUAUCGUCAGCCCUCCCCGCUCGCCGUCGAUGCCAAACGUGGGCGGCGGCUACGUUCCUGGCGACACCGCGUACGCCCAGCUCGCGACCCUCGCAGACAAGAUGGCUGUCGAAUCCUACUCGAGGGCCCACGCCAAGGUUGUCGGCAAGUCGUCGUCUAACGCUUUGGGAUCGCGGGCCAGGGUCCACCGCGCGGGCACCGUCGGCGCGAUGAUCGAGGACAUGCUGACCCACGAGGCGAAGAAGCCGGUGCCCGCCGCGCUCUUACCCCUGGGCACGGAUGCCAUCGCCAAGUCCAUCAAGAUGGCUCCCGCCGUGCUCCGUCUGGCGACCGAUCUGUCCAUUCCCGACGUCGAGCUGUGCAACACCCUGUCCAAGCUCGUCAAGGAGACCACCAAGCGUGGGGAGCUACGGGACGAGCUGUUCCUGAUAACCUUGCGACACACGAGGUGUAACGACGACCCCAAGAGCCUCGUGCGCGCCUGGCAGGUCCUCCACCUCACCUGCGCGUCGGUGGCCCCUUCCCAAACCUUACUCGGAUUUGUCUCUGAGUACGUCAACGAGUGCGCCAACGCCGACGCCUCCCCGGGCCCCGUCAAAGACCUGGCGCACAAGGCCCUGCUCGCGCUCAAGCGAAGCGCCAAGUCCGGCGCGCGCAGGCACCCGCCCGCGCCCGAGGAGAUCGAGGCCCUCCAGGCUGGACGGCAGAUGAACACCAUCGCUUUCUUCCUGGACGAAACCUUCGAGGAGCUCCCGUACGACGUCAUGACCACGGUGGGCGAAGCCACGGAGGCGUUGGCCGGGAUAAUCCGCCUGCAGAACUACCACACGUUCGGUCUGUUCGUGUCCACGAAGGAGUUGAUGUCCCGCUCGUCCGCGGCGAGCAAGGGUGAAGAGGUGACGGAAGAGACCAGGGCUCUGCAGGACGCGGACCUCAUCACCGACGUCAUCCAGGAGAUGCGACUCGUCAAGGCUGAGCGGAAGGAGCAGGUGCAGCUCAGGCUGGUGUUCAAGAAGCGCAUGUUCAGGGACACCGACGAGGCGGUGCAGGAGGCCAUGUUCGUCAACCUGUCCUACCUCCAGGCCAAGCACGAUUACCUGGCGGGUAACUACCCCGUCGGUCGUGAGGAGGCUAUCCGGCUAGCCGCGUUCCAGAUCCAGGCUGAGGAUGGCGAGUCCCUCGGCCAGGGACCGGUGGAAACCCUGGCGCAGGUCAUGGUGCGGUUCGUUCCCAAGGUUAUGCUUCAGCAGCACCCGGUGGAAGAGUGGGCCGCCGAGGUGCAGCGCACCCACGGCGCGCUGACGCAGCACACCCGGGAAGAGGCCCGCGGCGGUUUGCUCCGAAUGAUCCGAUCGCUGCCCUACGGCGGGAGCAUCUUCUUCCAGGUGCGCCGGAUCGAGGAUCCCAUCGGUCUACUCCCCGGUAUGAUCGCUCUCGGCAUCAACAAGCGGGGUAUUCACUUCUUCCGACCCACGCCGAUGGAGUACCUCCACAGCGCGGAGCUCAGGGACAUCAUGCAGUUUGGUUCGUCGGAGACUGCCGUCUUCUUCAAGAUGAGAGUCGCCGGCGUGCUGCACGUGUUCCAGUUCGAGACCAAGCAGGGCGAGGAGAUAUGCGUGGCGCUGCAAACGCACAUCAACGACGUGAUGCAGAAGAGGUACGCGCAGCAGGCUGCCAAAGCCGCGGGAGCCCCAAAGACCCCCGGCGCCCCGGCGGCGCAGCCCCCCAGCCCGGUGGCAAACGGCCAGGCGGAGGCGGCUUUCGGCAAGCAGGCCGGGGCUGGCGGCGGCGCGGGCGCGCAGCAGAUGCAGCGCGUUCUCGAGGACGCCAACAAGAAGCUGGACGAGAUGGUUCGAGAGCGAUCGCAGCUGCAGCAGCAGCUGGUGGCUGCCCAGGAGGCGGCGCAGGAGGCGGCGGAUCGCGCCGCGGCUGAAUCCGCCGCCAAGGCUCAGGCCCUCGCCGACCUGAACCAGGCGCUCGCCGACGUCAAGCUCGGAGGAGGCGCGGCAAGCGACCCUGAGACGAAGAAGAAGCUCGCGGCGGAGUCCGAGAAGGCUAGGUCCGCGCAGGCUGAGCUCAAGGUUUUGGAGCAGAAGAUUGCGAGGCUGGAGUCGUCGUCCAAGGAGGAGUCGGCCAAGAGGGACAAGGAGACGGCGGCUGAGCUCGAACAACUCAAGAAGAAGUGCGCCGCGGCGGAGGCCCACUCUCUCUCCGUCUCUGCGGAGCUCGAGCAGACGAGCAACGCCAUGGAGCAGAUGCGCAUCGAGUUUGAAGAGUCCCGGAAGGAUCUCGAGGAACUCGCCGAGCUUCGCGAGCUCAAGGCGGACGUCGAGCGCAAGGAGAAGCAGACGGCCGAGAUGCUCAAGACCCAGGCGACCCGCAUCCAGGAGCUGGAGGCCAAGUACCAGGAGGAGUCCACGCUGCGCAAGCGAUACUUCAACCAGAUGGAGGACAUGAAGGGCAAGAUCAGGGUCUACGCCAGGACCCGCCCGCUGUCCAAGAAGGAGGUUGGCGAGAAGCAAACGUUCGCGCUCACCCUCCCGGACGAGUUCACCCUGGAGCACCCGUGGAGAGACGAGAAGAAGCCGAGGUCGUACACCUUCGACACCGUGUUCGGCGCGGACACGACCCAAGAGCAGGUGUUUGAGGACACCAAGUACCUCAUCCAGUCAGUCUUUGACGGGUACAACGUUUGCAUCUUUGCGUACGGACAGACGGGCAGCGGUAAGACCCACACCAUCAUGGGCGACGAGGCCAACCCGGGCCUCACCCCGCGCGCUGUCGAGGAGGUGAUGCGAAUCGUCUACCAGGGAUCGAAGAAGGGCAAGUUCAGCGUCAACAUGGAGGCGUACAUGCUCGAGCUUUACCAGGACACGCUCAACGACCUGCUCCUGUCACCGGACAAGGCGAACAGUCCCCCCAAGCUGGACAUCAAGAAGGACGCAAAGGGUUGGGUGACGAUUCAGAACGCGACGGUGGUCCCCGUCGGCAGCAAGGAGGACAUCAUGCAUGUCGUGGAGAGCGGACUCAAGGUGAGGAGGACCGCGUCGACGAAGAUGAACGUGGAAUCGUCCCGAUCCCACCUCGUGUUCUCGCUGGUCAUCGAGACCACGGACCUCCAGACCCAGCAGGUGACCCGCGGCAAGAUUUCGUUCGUCGACCUCGCCGGGUCUGAGCGCGUGAAAAAGUCGGGUGCGUCUGGCGACACCAUGAAGGAGGCGCAGGCCAUCAACAAGUCCCUCUCGGCGCUCGGCGACGUCAUCAGCGCGCUGGCUGGCGAGAAGGCGGGGCACAUUCCGUACCGCAACCACAAACUCACGAUGAUCAUGUCUGACUCUCUGGGCGGCAACGCAAAAACGCUGAUGUUCGUCAACGUCUCCCCGUCGGACAACAACAUCGAGGAGACGCAAAACUCGCUCACGUACGCCACUAGGGUGCGAACGAUCAAGAACAACGCGAGCAAGGACAGCGCCAACAAGGAGAUGGUCAGGCUCAAGGAGGCACUCGCGAAGUGGCGCGCCAAGGCUGGCGAGAUGGGCCCAGAGACGCAAGAGAUCGAAGACCGGAUUCAGGGGGAGAUGGAAUAA